CCCUGGCUGCAGGGUAGACAGCACACGCCGCGGGAACUAAGACACUCGGAGGCGGCGCACUUUGGAGUUAUUUCCCACAGACAAAGGAUUUAACGGUACCUGGGUAGCUCUUCUCAGUUGGUGAAGAUGGAAUCGCGAAGACAGUACUGGGUCUAUGCCCUCGGCGUGGCCGUGUUGAGUGUAUUUAGUUCCGUGAUGGCAGCCAACAAUUAUUAUUGCGACGAACCCUUGGUGUCAGUGCUCCCGCAAAAAUCCUUUCAGAGUUCCUCGGUGUUCUCUGAAAACCAUUCUCCUCGCUUCGCCAAACUUAAUAGAAGAGAAGGAGGCGGGGGCUGGGUACCACGCAGGACAGACCGGCACCAGUGGCUGCAGGUGGACCUACGGGGCAGGGUGGAGAUCACAGCCAUUGCCACACAGGGGCGCUAUGGCAGCUCAGAUUGGGUGACCAGCUAUCUCCUGUUGUUCAGUGACACAGGCGGAGCCUGGAAGCAGUACAAACAAGAAGACAGUCUGUGGACAUUUACUGGAAACACAAACGCGGACGGCGUUGUCCACCAUCGCUUCCCGCAUUCCCUUAGGACCAGGUUCCUGCGCUUUGUCCCCCUGGAUUGGAGUGCCAGUGGCUGGGUGGGACUCAGGGUGGAGGUCUACGGAUGCACAUACAAGUCAGAUGUGGCAGACUUUGAUGGCAGAAGCUCACUUCUGUACCGGUUUAACCAGAAGUCCAUGAGCACCGUUAAAGAUGUGAUUUCACUCAAGUUCCGGAGCCAGCAAGGGGAGGGGGUGCUAGUUCAUGGGGAGGGACAGAGGGGGGAUUACAUCACCCUGGAGCUGCAUCGAGGCAGGCUGGCCCUACACCUGAACCUCGAUGAUGCCAAGCUCCACUCUAGUAGUGGUCGCAUGUCAGUCACCCUAGGCAGCUUGUUGGACGAUCAGUACUGGCACUCUGUCCUUGUUGAGCGGUUUAACAAGCUGGUGAACUUCACAGUCGACAAACACACGGAGCAUUUCCGCACCAAGGGUGAAGGAGACUCACUGGAUGUUGACUAUGAGCUUAGCAUUGGAGGAAUUCCACUCCCUGGCAAACCAGGGACCUUCCUCAGGAAGAACUUCCAUGGCUGCAUAGAGAACCUCUACUACAAUGGAAUGAACAUCAUUGACCUGGCUAAGAGACGAAAACCUCAGAUCUACAGUGUGGGCAACGUGACCUUUUCCUGUUCAGAGCUGCAGCUGGUGGCGACCACAUUCGUAAGCGCAAGCGCCAGCUUCCUGACGAUCCCGACGGAGGUGACUGCAGGGCUCUCCGUGCGCUUACAGUUCCGCACCUGGAACCGAGACGGCCUGCUGUUCUCCACGCAGCUAAACUCGGACCCCGAGCACCUGGUCCUGCAGAUCAGCGAGGGGCGGCUCCACCUCACUCACCACAGAUCGGCCCUACAGAAAUCAGAGAUAUCUACAGUAGUCCAAACAAUGCCUUUGUCCGCAGGUCACAGUUUGAACGAUGGACAGUGGCACUCAGUCAGUCUCAGUGCAAGGGGACAGCAGGUGUCCCUAACUCUGGAUGACCAGCCAUCUUGGGUUAUGGAGCUGGGAGACCACGUUGACUCUGGAUAUGAUGUCUUCUUCGGGGGUUGCCCCAUGACCCAAAACAAUCCAGGCUGCAAAAACCCCACAUUGGCCUUUCAAGGGUGCAUGCGUCAGAUGUUCAUCAACGGCCAGCCCGUAAACCUCUUCCAUGUGCAGAAGGGCCUUCUGGGGAACUACAGCCAGUUGCAAUUUGAUGUCUGUGGCAUCCGUGACAGGUGUCUGCCAAAUUUCUGUGAGCAUGGAGGCCAGUGCUCUCAAUCCUGGAGCUCCUUUUACUGUGACUGUUCUGGGACAGGGUAUACUGGAGCUACCUGUCACAACUCCAUUUAUGAACCUUCCUGCGAGGCAUACAGGCAGACAGGAAGCACCUCGGGACUCUUCUCCAUCGAUCCUGACGGGAGCGGUCCCCUCGGGUCCACGCUGGUGUACUGCAACAUGACAGAGGACAAAGUGUGGACAGUGGUUUCACACAACAGCACAGAGUUGGUCACGGUGCAAGGAUCUACGCUGCCGAAGCCCUAUGUUAUGCACUUCAACUACAGUACCUCACCACCACAGCUACGUGCCCUGGUGGCCGGAUCAGAGUACUGUCAACAGGAAGUGGUGUACCGCUGCAGGAAGUCCCGCCUCUUCAGUAACUUGGAUGGGACCCCCAUGUCCUGGUGGGUGGACAGGAACGGGGAGAGGCGCACCUACUGGGGUGGAUCCCUUCCUGGGGUGCAGCAGUGCUCCUGCAGUCUGAACGAAAACUGCAUGGACAUGAACUACUUCUGCAACUGUGAUGCAAACAGAGACUCAUGGACCAACGACACAGGCCUGCUCUCCUACAAAGAGCACUUGCCUGUGAGCGAAAUUUUGAUUGGAGACACAAACAGGACUGGCUCAGAAGUCAUGUACAGAAUCGGACCACUGCGUUGCUAUGGUGACAGAUAUUUCUGGAAUGCAGCUUCUUUCUAUCAGGAGUCGUCAUACCUCCAUUUCCCUACCUUCCAGGCUGAGCUCAGUGCUGACAUUUCCUUCUACUUCAAAACUACAGCGCCCUCUGGGGUUUUCCUGGAGAACCUGGGCAUCAAGGACUUCAUCAGGGUGGAGCUGAGCUCUCCAUCUGCCGUGACUUUCACUUUCGACGUGGGGAAUGGUCCGGCCGUUCUGACGGUAAAGUCCCACGUGCCCCUGAACGACAAGCAGUGGCACUACGUGCGGGCGGAACGCAAUGUGAAGGAGGCGUCCCUGCAGGUGGAUCACCUGCCUCUGCGGUUUCUGGAGGCCCCGCCCGACGGACACUUCCGCCUGCAGCUCAACAGCCAGCUUUUCGUAGGAGGGACAGCGUCCAGGCAGAGAGGAUUCCUGGGCUGUAUCCGAGCAUUGGCCAUGAACGGGCUAACCCUUGACUUGCAGGAGAGGGCAAAGGUCACGCCAGGAGUGAGCUCUGGGUGCCCAGGACACUGUAGCAGCUACGGUAGCCUGUGUCACAACAGAGGGAGGUGCGUGGAAAGCAACAGCGGCUACGUCUGCGACUGCACCCAUACUGCCUACAGGGGACCCCACUGCAAGAAAGAGGUGUCUGUGUCUUUCGUGAGCGGGUCCUCAGUUACCUACACCUUCCAGGAACCGUUCUCAGUCAUGCGCAACAGAAGCACUCUGUCCUCCGCCAUCUACGCAGAGAACGCCAGGCCCAGGGAGAACGUGGCAUUCAGCUUCCUGACCACCCAGACACCCGCUAUGCUGCUCUCAGCCAGCUCCUACUACCAGCAGGGCAUUGCCAUCAUCUUGGCCCGCAAUGGGAGUCUGCAAAUCUUCUACCGACUCAAUAAGGAGAGGGCCCCAGAUGUGUUCACCCCCACAUAUGGAAGCCUGGCUGAUGGGCAGCUGCAUUGGGUUCGAAUGCAUCGGGAGGGGAAGGAUAUUUAUGUCCAGAUUGACAAGGACAUCAACCGAAAAUACAGCCUGUCAUCUAACACGGAAUUAAAUACAAUCAGAUCCGUGACUUUGGGCAAAGUCACAGAAAGUGACAUCUUGAAUGAAGAAGUGAUGCAGGCGGGAUCCAGAGGUUUCAUUGGCUGCCUGUCGUCAGUCCAGUUCAAUCAGGUGGCUCCACUGAAAGCGGCGCUGCUGAAUCGUGGCAGCUCAUUGGUCAGCUUACGGGGACAUAUAGUGGAGUCCAACUGUGGGGCGUCAGCGGACAUGACAAAGUCACACUCCCUCUCAGAUCAUUCAGAGAAAGUUGACAGAGGGAAGGAGCCAUUAAAAGAUGGGGUUCAGAGUGAUUCGGCAGUAAUUGGAGGCGUGAGUGCGGCCGUCGUUUUCAUCACUCUCUGCGUGGUCGCGGUGAUGGCCCGCUUCCUGUACCAGUACCGCCAGGCCGAACAAACAUCUGCCAUCGAGAAGGACCACCGGCACAGCCUGGAGGUGUCCUACCGCACCGAGCUGGACCAUCAGAGCCAUCGGCACGGCCUGAACGCGGCCUACUGUACAGAAAUGGACCUUCAGAACUCGGUGCGGAACAGCAGGAAGGAGUACUACAUCUGACACGCCAGCAUUCGCAGUCCGUCUUUCCUGGCCUCCCUGUGCUGUACGUCUUGGGAAACUGCACCUCGUCUUCUCCGCCCAGAGACAUCUUGGCAUGUAGCCACCGCAUAACGGAAGGGCGAUGGUCUCAACAAAAAAAAAACAUUUAUUAGUCUGUACGUUUUUUAAGAUAUAAAAAACAACUAUGUGAUUAUUGUUUUCACUGCAGGGUAGCGUAGAACACUAAUACGCAUCCAAGGAAAUUAAGAAACUGAAAUGAUGAAACAGAUUUAUGGGAAAUCUUUUUUUUUUCUUUUUUUUUUUCCUGUCUAUAGAAAAAAGCAAUCUGGCUUAAUCCCAGCAUGGAAACGUUACAAAAACAUCAUUCCAGUUCAUGAAUGAAACAGUAUGUGUGGAUUUAGUAUAAAGAUUUAGAACAAUAUUUAUAUGUGAAUAUUAUUUUAGCAUUAUUUUAUUUUACUAUGUUGAUGAUAUCAUAUGGUGCAAUGAGGGGCUGUUAUUUAUCAUUAUUUUUUAUAGGUAGGAUGCACUUUAGCGACUGACUUUAGCAUAAACAUCUGAAGAAUCUAUUCCACUCCUCAAGCUGAGGUUUUCCUGGGAGAGAACGUGAUCCAGUAGAUCAGUGCCUCGUCUGCAUGCAUCCCGUUUUGUCUGUCAUGACUACCCACCUAGGGAAUUCUGGGAAGGGAAAGACCUCCCCUAUAUUUUACUGUGGAUUGGACAGGAAGAGCUGAUUUAAUCUGUAGAUUGUGUGUUGAUGUUUAUCUAGUGGAGAGGGAACACAGUUUUGUUAGACAAACAGAAAAUAGGGGGUGGGGUAUAGACUACACAUUUUCUGUAGAUCAUUUAAGGCCUGCUGUUUUCUUAUAGUAAUCCUGUUAUAAAGUUACAGAGGGCCAAGGAUCAAAAGCUGUCCUUCCUGCAUCUGAGGUGAAUCAGCAAGAGAAUAGUGACAUCGCGGAGGCUGUGUCAUCCUGACUGACCGCUCUCUAAAUUCAGAUUUGUUGUCUCUUUUUCUAUUCUCACCGGCCAUUCCGUUUCUUAAGGGCAACCUUCCAGGAUUUGAAAUGCAUUUUAUCAGGACACACCCUGGAAGGAUAAGUACAUUAGAGAGGACUUUCAGAUGAUAAGUUUCUGUAUUAAUUGGUAGGCUGAUAGAUGGAGAAGAAAAAGAAAAACAAUUUGGUUUUGAAUUAGGUCAGAAACAGUUUUGAAUCAGACAUACAUAUUUUGCCGACAGUAUAUCAUAGUCUUUCCCGUCUGUUAUCAGCAUUUGGUCCACAUAUAUGAACCCAACCGGUAGUACAACUGAGUGUGUUCAGAGCGCUUCUGAAAAAUAUGUUGUAUACCAGCUGGUGUUGGGAAACAAAGCAACAAAGUUCAAUAAAUAAGUAUUAAUAAGUCCAGUACUAUGUAUACUGUACUUACCACUGACAAUUAGAUGAAACUAACCAUUCAGAAGGAAGUAUGACUCUUACUCCUGCACGUCAUUUGUAUACACAAAAAUGGAUAUCUUAAUUAACCUUUAGCUACAAAUAUUUUACACAGUCUUUUCUGUCAUCUGGUUGUGAGGACAGAAAGAAUCGCCUCAGCUCACUUCCUUGUUUGCACUUCUGGUGUCAGGAUCCUGGGUCUGAUGUCUGCAGAUCUGUGACUACCCGCCAUCUGCCAAAAACCUCCCGCCAUUAGGCUGCUUCUGAACAUCUAAGGCACAUCUGUUGUCAUACCCUCUGGCAGAGCAGCCAAUCAAAUCCUGCUGAAGCCGCUGUCUGCUAAUGGCUUUGCAAAAAAAAAAAACUUCACAGACCUGCCAUAAAUUCACAAAUUCAAAAAAAAGAAAGUUGUUUUUUUUUUUUUUUUUUUUUUUUUUUGUAAUGCUACAUUUUGUGAUUUGUUGUAUGAGAACAUUAGUUUUCUUUUUUAUUUGUUCAUUGUAUCUUCAUUGGAGUUAAAAUGGAGUUACCUCAGAUUGUUGGCCAUAUUCAUUUUCUGUAGUACUGUUACACCUGAUCAAGACGGAUUACCACAGCAAUUUUCGAAAGUAUUGCAUUAAGCAGCUGUUAUACCUAGAAAGUACAAUUCUUUCUUGAGGUUGCGGAAAUCUCUCUGCUUUACAUACCUACAUUAAAGGAAACACAGUGAGCAUUUCCAAAGUUAAAA